GAGUGAGCGCGCUGCGGCCGCCGUGACACCGUCCGUCCACCUGCAGAGUUCAGUCGGCGGUGAGAUUUUAAGGUGGUUCUUCAACCAGUGACUGUUUCCUAUGGAGGAGUAUAUGCCGAGUGACCCAGACACCACGCGCUAGUCCUCCGCGUCUUUCGCGACGCGACGUUCCUGACACCUGCGUCGACGGGCGCAUCACCUGGCAGCUAUGGUUUACGAGGAGCUCACGGAGGACGAGUGUCUCAAAGACCGCAAGUGGUGGUGCUUCCUCGUCUCCUCCAUCUGCACAUUUGUGGCCGGCAUUCUAACUGUGCUGAUAUGGAGGGGCCUGACCUUUCUCUGCUGUCGACCCAAGCCGAGAGCCGAGUACACACAAAGCGCCAAAGAACCCAAGCCGGCGGCGCUGCCGGCUGGCCAGAAGCCCCAGUUCGAGGGCAGCUUCGUCUCCGAGGCCAAAGACUGGGCCGGGGAGCUGAUAUCCGGACAGACCACCACGGGUAGGAUCAUGGUGGUGCUGGUCUUCAUCCUGAGCAUCGCCUCGCUGGUCAUCUACUUCAUCGACGCCUCAGACGUGGGCCAGGAGAUUAUCAGCGAUGGUGAAAGCCCGGGCGAUCCGCCCAUUCGCCGACGGCAAGGCGUCGAACACUGCAUCCGAUGGAGUGACAGCGCCACACAGCAAAUCGACUUAGCAUUCAAUAUCUUUUUUAUGGUGUACUUUUUUAUUCGCUUUGUUGCCGCCAGCGAUAAGCUGUGGUUUAUGCUGGAGAUGUACUCUCUGGUCGACUACUGCACCAUCCCGCCCUCCUUCGUCUCCAUAUAUCUCAACAGGACGUGGAUAGGACUGCGGUUUCUGCGCGCGCUGCGUCUGAUGACGGUGCCGGACAUCCUGCAGUACCUGAACAUAUUGAAGACGUCCAGCUCCAUCCGCCUGGCCCAGCUGUGCUCCAUCUUCAUCGCUGUGUGGCUGACAGGAGCGGGAACCAUUCACCUGUUGGAGAACUCUGGUGACCCGAUCGAGUUUAACAACCCGCAACAGCUGAGUUACUGGACGUGCGUCUACUUCCUCAUCGUCACCAUGUCCACGGUUGGCUACGGAGACGUCUUCUGUAAGACGGUGCUCGGAAGGACAUUCCUCGUGUUCUUUCUGCUCGUCGGACUGGCAAUAUUCGCGAGCUGCAUUCCCGAAAUUAUAGACCUGGUCGGAAACAGGUCGAAAUAUGGCGGGACUCUGAAGAACGAGCGGGGAAGGAGGCACAUUGUGGUGUGCGGUCACAUCACCUACGAGUCUGUGUCACACUUCCUCAAGGACUUCCUCCACGAGGAUCGAGAAGAUGUGGAUGUAGAGGUUGUGUUCUUACACAGAGACGAGCCAGACCUGGAGUUGGAGGGCCUUUUAAAGCGUCAUUUCACGGCCGUUCAGUUUUACCAGGGCUCGAUUAUGUCAGCCAUUGACCUAGCCCGGGUCAAGAUCCACGAUGCAGAUGCGUGUCUGGUCCUGGCCAAUAAGUACUGCCAGGAUCCGGACGCAGAGGACGCAGCCAACAUCAUGCGCGUCAUCUCCAUCAAAAACUACAGCGACGACAUCAGAAUCAUCAUUCAGCUGAUGCAGUACCACAACAAGGCCUACCUGCUCAACAUUCCUAGCUGGGACUGGAAGCGCGGCGAUGACGUCAUCUGUCUGGCCGAGCUGAAGCUGGGCUUCAUCGCACAGAGCUGCCUGGCCCCGGGCUUCUCCACCAUGAUGGCCAACCUGUUCGCCAUGCGAUCCUUCAAAACGAUGGAUAGCCGCGGCCUGUCGCUCAUGAGAAGACUGCAGGCACUGCGGCAGCCUCAGCAGCAGCAGAAGGGAGUCGCGUACCUCUCCGUCGACUUUGCCAUUGCCAUCUCACUGGUAUACGCCGACAAAGGCGACUGGCUACAACACUACCUGCGAGGGGCCGGCAUGGAAAUCUACGACGAGCGCCUGAGCCCCUCAUUUGCGGGCCUGACCUUUAGCGAGACCGCCGAGCUGUGCUUCACCAAGCUGAAGCUGUUGCUUCUGGCCAUUGAGGCGCGCGGGGAUGAUGGAGCCGACAACAAGAUCGCCAUCAACCCGCGUCACAUCAAGCUGCAGCCCAACACCCAGGGCUUCUUCAUCGCCCAGUCUGCCGACGAGGUCAAACGGGCCUGGUACUACUGCAAGUCCUGCCAUGAGGACAUCAAGGACGAAACGCUCAUCAAGAAGUGCAAGUGCAAAAACUACAUCGGGACUACCUUGCUCACAUCAGGUCUGGUGGGCCGAAAUACGAACGGUGGUUGGCUUCAGAACGUGGCACUGUUCCGUAAGGGCGUCCGCGCCGUGCAAAUGGUCGGCAGAGCAACCGAAAAGCCGGACUCCAAUGGGUUGGCUCUCUCCAGUCAGAACAGCUCCACGCCGGGCAAACCGGCCAACGCCGGCCUCCUGGAGGCCGCCAAACAGCUCACCAAGAUCAACAAGAACGGUGCGGGGGACAUCAGCCCUCAGGGGCUCGGAUACAACAGGCUUCCAGAGGACGCUCCGCCAACUGGUUACCAGGCGCAGCCACUCGCAUACGAAGUGAAAAAGCUACUCCCGGCGUCGCGCGCCGCGGGCGGUACCAAUGCCGGUCCCGGCGGCAUUCAGUCCGGCAUUGCCGACGACCAGUCCAAGGACUUUGACUUUGAGAAGACGGAGAUGAAGUACGACAGUACGGGCAUGUUCCACUGGUGUCCUGCCAGACCCAUGGAGGACUGCAUGCUGGACCGUAACCAGGCGGCCAUGACGGUUCUCAAUGGACACGUCGUUGUGUGCCUGUUCGCCGACCCGGACUCGCCGCUUAUUGGCCUGCGUAACUUGGUGAUGCCGCUGCGUGCCUCAAAUUUCCACUACCACGAGCUGAAACACGUGGUCAUCGUGGGAUCGGUGGACUACGUGCGCCGAGACUGGAAAAACCUGCAGAACCUGCCCAAGCUAUCCAUCCUCAACGGUUCUCCGUUGAGUCGCGCCGAUCUACGGGCAGUCAACGUCAACCUCUGUGACAUGUGUGUCAUUCUGUCGGCAAAGGUGCCUGGCCACGACGACCCGACUCUGGCCGACAAGGAGGCUAUCCUGGCCUCCCUCAACAUCAAGGCCAUGACGUUCGACGACACCAUCGGCGUCCUUAGCCAAAGUCCGAUGGCCGGAAGUCAGACUCCUCUCGGCAGUCCAAUUGUGCUCCAGAGGAGAGGUUCGGUGUUCGGGGCCAACGUGCCCAUGAUCACAGAGCUCGUCAACGAUUCAAACGUCCAGUUCCUGGACCAGGAUGACGAUGACGACCCCGACACGGAGCUGUACCUCACCCAGCCGUUCGCCUGUGGCACGGCCUUCGCCGUCAGCGUGCUGGACUCACUCAUGUCUACGACGUAUUUCAACCAGAACGCGUUGACGCUGAUCAGGUCCCUGAUCACUGGAGGGGCCACACCAGAGCUGGAGCUGAUCCUGGCAGAGGGCGCCGGCCUGCGUGGAGGCUACAGCACCCCGGAGACGCUGGGUAACCGCGACCGGUGCCGGGUGGGCCAGAUCAGCCUCUACGACGGACCCCUCGCCCACUUCGGCGAGGGAGGUCACUAUGGUGACCUGUUCGUGGCCUCGCUGAAGCAGUACGGCAUGCUCUGCAUCGGCCUCUAUCGGUUCCGUGACACCAACAGUUCACCAGACGCGUCCACCAAACGCUAUGUCAUCACCAACCCGCCGGGCGACUUUGCGCUGCUGCCCACUGAUCAGGUGUUCGUUAUUCAAGCUUUCAACCCGCCCGAUUCUCCGUACUGAGAUAACUGACGACUCGAGAGCUCAGGCGCUGGUUUAGAGCCGGCGAGCGUGUUUGUGCUGCUCCAGUUCGACCCGGGCAUGGAGUACAUCCCCAAUCGGGGCACCAAGGUCGACCUGAGUCGAGAGGACAAGUCCUGACUGCUGCUUUGCAGUGCGCUCACUGACGGGCCCUACUCGCACAUCUAGCCGCUGGUGGCCGCGGCGGCGCCCUCAGCGCCCUCAGCGGGCACCCGCCAGGCUGAUGGAAUUGUUAUCCUGGCUGGCCGCGAGAGUUGGCGUUGGGGCAAAAACAGCGGACGGAAGACGCUGUUGGCUGCAGAGGGCAUGAAGAUGGACGACUACAGAAGCUGGGACCAUUUUCAGUAAGCAUUCAUCUCGAAUGCAGCGAAAGAAUGAAGCCGAAGUUACAUCUCGCUCAUCAUCGAACGGGGGUGGGGUGUUUGACUCGGCGUUUGGGUCGGGCCGCUGGGGGCGUCGCCAGGCCACGCGGCUGGAGGGGCUGUCUGUGAGCGCACUGGCACCGCCUCUGUCUGUCGGUGGCGUGGGCAUAUCAAGGCGGCGGGAGGCCACUCCCGACCUCCCUGGAUGCACAUUCAGUGCCUGUGGGAUGGGCGACACGGUCGCUAUGCGCCGGUGGAGUUGACACGAGCGUUUGUUGUGGUUUGGUGAUGUUCGUUCGCCCGAGUGCGUGUUGUGUUGUGCCAGGGCCGGAUGCUGUUGUGUUGUAAGUGGAUAGAGAUGUCCAGAGCGUAGGACCGUUGUGCGCGUGCGUCGUCGUCGAUUGGUGAUUGGCCGUUGCCGCGUUAUGUGGUAUCACUGCUACGCAUAUGUUCGCACCACGACUGAACUUUCAGCAAGCACUUCUGCUGAGCACCUGGGAAGGGCGGCGCGGGACGCCACCAGGGCGCACCACGGGAUCGGUCCCCAGUCCCCUCGAGUCCCCGCGUGCCACUAUGUCCCUCUGCCCUCCGAGCACCGUGAGACGUUCGAAUCAUUCCACUUCACCCGGCCCGAACCGCCGGGUCUGCGCUCCGCUGCGCUGCGCGCUCCGUGAUAUCUAGAUGUAAGCUACCGUACCGAUCGCGUCACCCCACUGUGUGGAUGACGUCACUGGCCGCGAGCUGCCUUUUCUCUCUGGAGUGCCGCGUGAAGACGGCGCUCUGAAAUCAAACUCACCCUGUGUGGUUUUGUUUGAGACUGUCACUGUUCCUUGAAGUGCGAUCUUUCCAUUCUUCGAUAUUAUCAUCACUUUGACAUAAGAAAACACCUUUUGGUAUCAGCGUCUUGUUAACCUACGCUGAAAGUGUGGACACUAACUCAGACUUUUGAAACAUACAAACACGAAACAAGACUUUUCCAACUCCUACAAACCCGCGUCUAACUCUACAAAUAUGCCGUAUUCUCUGUCUAACCCAAAGCCCGCCUCUGGGUGCCCGUCAUUGCCUUGUCUGUGGUUCACUUGUUCGUAGUGAGUCCUGUUCGCCUUCCUGUCUGUACGCAAUGCUCCGCGCCAGCCGUUCGCACCGUCGUGUUUCUACCUGUAUUACACACUACACAUGGGUGGGAAAAAACGAUUUUAUCUGUCAACGAAGACUGUGUACCUACGGAUGCGCGCAGGUCGAGGCGGCGGGAAAAGCAGAGGAUGAUACGCCAGGAGCGUGGAGAGGCAAUGGCGCCCAGGCAGGCGGAAAAACAGAGGAUUUGUUGCCGGCGCGCCGCUCUACAUGCGUAUGUUAAUCAUUUUAUUAAUACAUUAUUUUUAAGCACUAAGCA